UUUAUUAUUUUCUUUGCAGGUUUGGCUGGAUUCGUUGCAGCUGGUGCCAUCGGCGCUUACAAAUACAAAAAUCGUGGCACGAUGAGCACAAGUGUUUUCCUGAUGCAGUUGCGUGUGGCUGCACAAGGCACUGUUGUUGGCGCUCUGACGUUGGGUCUGGGCUAUACCAUGGCAAAUGAAUACUUAUUCAAAAAAGAGAAAAAAGACGAAACUAAUUUGUCAAAUUAAUUGGUCUUUAUUUUUGGAUUAGCAACUCUUUUUUUAACAACUUAAAAUUUAAAGUAAUUCAAAAUGUACAUACAUCCUUCCAUUAAUUUUAUUGAAUUGUUUAUUUGUCAACUUGGCAUAUUCAGACAAAGCACAGACAAGUUCAACUCCAAUAUCUAACAUAUAGCCAAAGUCCUCACUCAAUCAGUUGCAAUCUGAAACACUCUCAUACAAAUGGAAGCUCAUGGAUUUUUUAUAGCAUAAUUUAUUUUAUAAUUAAAGUAUUUAUUAAAUAAAUUUAAACAAAAUA